AUGUCCGAAAGGUGGGAAGCUGAAAUGGACAUAAAGGAAGAAACAUCAGCAGCAGCAGCAGCAGAAGGUCCUUCUUUUAAGCCCUUGCAAAUCCCCCAGGAUGCACCUACGCUGACGACUACGAUUGGGUCUGGGGACAUCGCGACCGAGGCAUCCGUAACAGAAACAUCAGCGGAGCUCACCAAAGGUGCUGAGAUCACUGAGCACGUAGAGAGCACCGAGGAAAGGGAGGUUGCCAAAGGUAACAAAGAAGACCGACAGCUCGCAGACGACGCCGACGACGCUGCCUCUGAGGUCAGCAGCGCGCUAAGCACCGAAGAAUGGGGCACCGGCACUUUCACUGACGACCUGUUGCAUGAGUUGGACAACAUACAAAUCCAGGGGUCUUUUGCCUCGUUUCACGCGUUAAAGCACGUAGACCCGGAGCUCUUCGUCCAGGAUGUUGGGCCCAUCAUCAUGCCGCUGCCAGAACACCAGAUCCGGCAGAUGAUUGGCAUGGCCGCCCAGGCGCCCUUUGGCAAGGGAAGCGAGACCCUUAUAGACACCACGGUGCGGAACACGUGGGAGCUAGACCCGAAAUACUUUGAGCUUCGUAGUCCGCGCUGGGAGUCCGAUCUCCAGAAGAUUUGCGGAGUCGUCGCUCAUGACCUGGGCAUCAAGUUGCCGGUCAACGCGGAGCUGUAUAAGCUGCUACUUUACGAAAAAGGGGCCAUGUUCAAGGCUCAUACCGACACUGAAAAGUGUCCUGGUAUGUUCGGUACGCUUGUCAUCUGUCUCCCCUCAACGCACAAGGGAGGCGACGUGGUCGUGAAGCAUUGCGGCCAAACGAAGACGUUCAAGACCUCUGCGGUGGCGCAGUCCUUCGCCUGCUGGUACUCUGACGUCCACCAUGAGGUCCUGCCGGUCACAUCCGGCUACCGCGUGGUCCUGACGUACAACCUCACGAUCUACCAGGCCAGACAGCAGCCGUCUGCCGGGCUGGUGCGAAAUGAGAACCGCGCAUUGCGCCACACGCUGAAGAGAUGGCUGCGUAAAGGAGCUGAUGGUGGGGAGGCGGAUUAUGUUUACUAUGGCCUGGACCACGAGUACACGGAAGCGAGCAUCUCAAUGAAAGCCUUGAAGGGUCGGGAUUCCGCCGUUGUCCAAACCCUGCAGGACCUUGCCUCUGGACUCGAUUUCGAUGUGCUCCUGGCCUUGACGGAGAUGAUGGAGGCUGGCCCCACAAGCCCUAACGGCUUUGAUCCUCGGUUCGACAGUUACAGAUCCAGCUCCCGCAGAUACUAUAACGACGAAGACGAAAUCGAAAGUGGAUCAGAUGAGGACCCAGGACCUCACGAGAUCGAAGAUGUAUUGGAAACGGAACUCUCGGUCAAACUGCUUGUGGACCUCCGCGGGCGCCCCAUUCUUCGCGACGUCGACCUGUCGCAGGAGCAUUGCCUUCGAGGGGAGGAUUUUUUUGAAGGCGCCACUCGAAAGGAAGAGUACGAAGGGUACCAGGGUAACUGGGGACCCACGGCGACUCACUGGUACCGUGUGACUGCUGCUCUGAUCAUCCGCCGGGACAGCAUCGCCAAGUUUUUCAAGUAUUCUCUCAGCCAGAGCCCUCGUUGUAGCGACAGCAAUGUCGCGCUCCCGCUCACUUACCUCACUGAUUCGAUCCUCAAAGGCGGGUCGAAUCAGAAAUCGGUCUUCGACACUCUCAAAGAGACUUGGAACGCGUGUCUUUCAAUACCUGGAAGGGCCAAUAGUCUGAAGUCAGACGGCCAUCUCAUCAGCAAGAUACUGCGGGCCGCCUGUCAGGUGGAGCAGUGGGACUUUCUCGAGAGCGCCGCGAGCGUCUUCCAAGGCACUUUGCCUCCCGACUACUACAAACUGCUUCACAAGCAGGUCGGUGAUGGCAAGGUCCCAUUCGAUAUGGUCAAAACCGGUUUGGCCUCCACUGUGAUCGGAUGCAAAUAUUUCUGGCAGGGCUAUUCAGCGAUAGAAGCAUUCGCGCCGAUUGACGAGCGACCGUCCGAUGAGAUUCGAGAAUGGGUGCGGAAAACCCUCGUCAAAAGCCUGACGGGCGCUGCCAGGUCCGCGUCUUUCGUCGGAGUUGAUGGAAUGGCGGUGGCUGUGAGCGCGCAGAAGUACGCCGACUUUGACUGGCUUUCAGCCACCGUUGUGCCCUUGAUCGAGGAUCACUUUACCGUACCGGCUUUUGCCCUCGGAUUCUUCUCGGCCCUGCUUUUGAGCAUCAGGCAAAAGGCUUUCCCGGCUAAAGAAACAGCAAAGCUGUAUAAGCGCCUCGCCAAAAACUUUAUAGCGAAGCUAGACUUCAGCACGAUCCAUGGCGACAGGCCAGAGGAAGAGACCCAAAAAGCGGCAAGGCACUCGUACUGGCACACGGCUCCAGCGCCUACUCUUGCCGCCGAAAAAUGCCUGGCUGUGACCCCUGACACCCUAGCGGAUGUCUUCCACUCCCUCCUCAUCUUGAGCUCGCCUCCGCGUGAAGAUCUGGCCAUGCUUCUAGCCAUGAAGCUCGUCUCUUUCGCCCCAAAGAUGCAGGCGGCUGACUUCCACCCGCUAUGGAUCCCUUUUCUGCAAAAGCUCCUCGUCAUCCUCAAGACCACGAAGACCCCGCUCACCACGCCGCGCUACCAGCAGAUAUUCGGCGCCAUACUCGAGUCCUACCGCGAGAACUACGUCGGACAGAAACCAUCGAUCCCGGCAUCGGGCCCGUCCGGCGGCAUGUACCUCCGGCUGAACUGCCCUUGCCACGACUGCCGCCAGCUGAACGUGUUCCUCGCGAACCCCGCCACGCAUGUCUGCCGGUUCCCCGUUGGGAAGAAGGCGCGACAUCAUCUUCAUAAGCAGAUCGAGAAUCAAAACAUCCAGUGCUCUCACGUCACCGACCGAAGCGGGCCGCAGGAUACGCUGGUUGUCACUAAGCUGGGGCCGACGAUGAACGCGAAGUACGAGGCGAAGCAGAAGCAGGCGGCCGAGAUGUUCCAGUCGUUUGACCAGACGGAAAUGGCCAUCUUGCUUGGUGAGGAUUAUCCAGCCAUCGCCGAGGGGCUGUGGAAGCGGCCACGGAGUUUGGCGCCGCGGCCUGGGGGUGCCACGCACACGUCGCCGGCGGCUGCCGUGCCUGUCAUUUCUCCACUGGGGAACACACCGGCGCCUAGACCGUUCGAAUCUGCCACUGAGCCGGGAACCAAAAUGGCGGCGAACUUGGGCGGGCCGUUGCAGUACUUGCCGAGUUUUGACCCGGUGUUGGCGGCAGCAGCAGGUCCUUCACAACCGCAUCCCACUGCGACAAGGGCCGUGGAACGGACCAUGAAACGGAAAGCAGAGCCAGAGAUAAUCGAUUUGACUUAG